GGGGCUGGGUCUGACGUCACCGCAACAGGAAGCGUCGCUGUGCUAAAAACAUUGAAGGAGGAAAGCGCAACAAAACGCUAUCUAACGCGAAGCUGCAGGAAUGGUUGCUUUUAAGAAAAUCAGUUGAUUUGUGAAAGAUUAUUUCAUAAUCUACAACUUGUCUUCAUUUGAUCGCCAUCCAGCUUGAGAACUCUCGAAUUUGCGAGUUAGCAGCCCUAGAUAGAUAGCUUGUGUUGACCAAAAUGGAUGACAGCAAGGUACGCUGUUCUCUGCAUGUAGUUUAGCUAGACGAUUGUUAUAAAUUAUUUAGGCUUAAAUCAGACAUGAAUGUUAAUGUUUUUUUGGAUGUAUCGUUACUAUUGGGGGAUUGUCUUUCACAGCCAACGAUCUCAGAUGAAUACAAUGGUUUUGUUUGCUUCUCCAGCAAGAGGUUAGGUACUGCAGCUAGCUAGGACACUAGCUAAAGUCUCUGAAUAACAAUGCACUGUGUGUUUCUUUUCUGCUGAUAUCUCGAUAGAUGGUGGGAGGCAAAGUCAAGAAGCCCGGUAAACGAGGCCGUAAGCCCGCUAAGAUUGAUCUGAAGGCGAAGUUGGAAAGGAGCCGGCAGAGCGCCCGGGAGUGCCGAGCGAGGAAGAAGCUCCGGUAUCAGUACCUAGAGGAGCUCGUCUCCAGCAAGGAGAGGGCCAUCUGCGCCCUGAGAGAGGAGCUGGAGAUGGUACAUAACCCUUUCUUCCCAAAAUGCACCAGCUAUUCCCGUGAAUUUGGUCUAAACCACUCAUUUGGUGUCACGAAUUAGAAUAUUCACUUCACCUGCCCAUCCCUUAGAAACACGGACCCAACCACAUCACUAAUGUAGCCAACACUCUAAACUAGCAGCAGUGCUGUGUAGCCCUAAGCCCAUCCCUUAGAGACACGGACCCAACCACAUCACUAAUGUAGCCAACACUCUAAACUAGCAGCAGUGCUGUGUAGCCCUAAGCCCAUCCCUUAGAGACACGGACCCAACCACAUCACUAAUGUAGCCAACACUCUAAACUAGCAGCAGUGCUGUGUAACUAAACAGGUGUUUUCCAGACCACACAGCUUCUUUUUUUUUUGUUGCAGUGAACUCUGUCAUCUAACUCGCUGAUGGGUUUCUCCCUCUCCUUCAGUACAAGCAGUGGUGUACAGCCAUGGACCAGGGGAAGAUCCCGUCUGAGAUAAAGGCUCUCCUGACGGGGGACGAACAGAAGACUCAGGGCUCCUCCACCAAGAGCUCCAAGAACAACAACAGCAACCAGAGCUAAUGUGUUGGGAGUGCUAGUCUGACUGUUAGAGGUGGCAGACCUGGGUUGUAUUCAUUAGGGGGAAAUUAUAUAAAACGUUGCGCAACGGAAAACAGGGGGGGGGGGGGUGUUCAUAUAGUACCUCCCCCUUUCGGGCCUGUUUGCUUCCCGUUUGGUGCCUAGUGAAUACGACCCAGAGUGAGUCUGAAAGGUUCCAGACCAGAGCUCGGCUGUAGGUACUCAGUCUGUCGUGCCAGACCUCUCCGCUGUGUAAGGCCUCGGUGUGACGGAGACUGAAGCUGUGUCCUGAGUGUCUCAUCGGUCCGUCUGUUUCUGCCCCUCCCUCCUAAAGGAGACGCACAGCAACAGAACUGUCAGAGAUACAUAGCUGUCAUUAACUAACGCUAGGGUAAUAGCUCUUAGUUGUAAUCCACCUUAUUGGCCUGAUUUAUCAUGCUUUGUUCACUAUUGCAACACUCUGAUUCGUUCAUGUUAGUAACGUCAAAGAUGUUAUUAGUUACAGAUAUAGACUGCCUGUAUUUAGUUAGAUAGACACCUUUAGACGGCCUGUAUUAUAUUUAUUUUAAUUUCCUUGUCUCAAUGUUAUGGCUUCUACACGUGAGGAACCAUUUUAAUGGUAUAGACAAAACAAAGGGCUUAGAUUGUGCAUGCAACCCCACCUGGCCUAUACAUUCAGACAAAACAAAGCACAUAUUUUAACCUUUAAAAUAAGGAAUUACUCUUAUUUGACUUGUAUUGGUUAUUAUGACUCAGUUUUGAUCCCUUCCAAAUACAAACUAUGUUUGCAUCCCAAAUGGCACCCUAUUCCCUAAAUAGGGUUCUGGUCUAAAGUAGUGCACUAUAUAGGGUUCUGGUCUAAAGUAGUGCACUAUAUAGGGAAUAGGGUUCUGGUCUAAAGUAGUGCACUAUAUAGGGAAUAGGGUGCCAUUUGGGACGUAUAGCAGAAAAGGAACGCUAACAUGUAUCUGCAGAGAUGAUGUAAUGAUAAACAGUGCUGUUUAUGUUGAAUGGAUACAUGUUGGAUUUAUUUUGUAUUUAUAUAUUUUUAUUGGAUCACAGAAAGCCCUUUUUGCAGGUUUUGUAGUGUGAUGAUUGUAUAGCAGGUCUGACAAGCAAAGAAAGCUAUUUGCCAUUUUGUAAAGAUGUUAAAGCCCCUUGUUUGUGUGAAAGGCUAGAAUGGGGUCAUGACCUUACCAGAACAGUGCUGCUGAAGCAUUGCUCAACUUAUGUUGUUUGUCAGUAACAUUACAUUGUAUCCAUGUGGUAUCUAAUUGAAGCCUAGGCUACUCAUUGCUCUCUCACCAUAAUGCAACCUAAAUAUAGUAGCCUAUACCUGUUUUGGUUUACAAAUGAUGAUUCUAUUGUAAUUUAGGGUAAAUAAAUAAGCACUCAUUAAUAGACAUUCAUUCAGCCUGACACUCAUUAAUAGACAUUCAUUCAGCCUGACACUCAUUAAUAGACAUUCAUUCAGCCUGACACUCAUUAAUAGACAUUCAUUCAGCCUGACACUCAUUAAUAGACAUUCAUUCAGCCUGACACUCAUAAAUAACAUCAUUCCUGCCGACACUCAUUAAUAGACAUUCAUUCUGCCUGCCACUCAUUAAUAGACAUUCAUUCUGCCUGACACUCAUUAAUAGACAUUCAUUCUGCCUGACACUCAUUAAUAGACAUUUAUUCUGCCUGACACUCAUUAAUAGACAUUCAUUCAGCCUGACACUCAUUAAUAAACAUUCAUUCAGCCUGACACUCAUUAAUAGACAUUCAUUCAGCCUGCCACUCAUUAAUAGACAUUCAUUCACACUGAUUUGGCAUUGGAGAAAUAUGAUGAAUUGAACACAUAGGCCUAUCUCUCUAUCCAUUCUUAGACGGUAAUUUCGGUAAUUUGUGUGGUAUUAAAACAAUAUUCCGCUAAUAUGUAAAAUUAUGUUGAAUUGCAUAAAAUCUACAUGAAAUGCUAUCGGACCUGCAAAUACUAUGAUAGAUUCACGCAACGCUUUUAUUAUGAAGGAGAUCUUUCCACCCCUAAUCUUGUCCGGCCAGACGUGUAUAGCCGUAACGGACAUUUUUGUGACCUUAUUUGACCUUUUCUCCUGCCUUUUGAGACACAGUUCGAUCCCACCUUGGUCACUACUUGUUGAGUAAUUUAAACACUAAACAAUCACAACGCAGUAACUAUUGAUCACUUUAUUAUGGAUUAUUAUCCUAAUAUGGAUUCAUUAUAAAAAAUUGUGUCAGUUAUUAAUGAUAAUAUUAAUGAUUCACUUUUUUUUUUUUUUACUGCACUCUAGAGUAGUAGGCCUAGAUAUCUGUGUUUACAUAUUUACAGACUGUGUUUUAUUUUUCCCUUGUCAGCCUCCCUUCUCUGCUUAUCAGCUCCAUAAAGAGUUGAGGGUCUGGAACUCCCUCCAGGUCAUCUCUCUCUCCAUUCCUUGGCCUUGGUUGCCUGAUGACUCACCCUGGCUUUUUAAAAUCGCUACAUAUAUUCAUUGUGGAGAACGAACGUCCCUUUGUCCGGAGCGAUGUGGAUGGGUAGCCAGGGAAUGGCCUUGGCACAUAGAAAAUACUUUUUGCAGGACAGUAAACAUAUUAGCCCUCCACUCCUGGGAACCCUGUACAUAUGUGAAGGCUGUUGGGGCCCUGUUUCAGCUCCAGGUGACAGAACCUCCACACUCUCCCAGUCUGCUGACUUCCUUACCUCCACACACUCCCAGAGUCUGCCGACUUCCUUACCUCCACACUCCCAGAGUCCUGAGACUUCCUUACCUCCCACACUCCCAGAGUCUGACUUCCUUACCUCCACACACUCCCAGAGUCUGCUGACUUCCUUACCCUCCAGCACACCCACAGAGUCUGCCGACUUCCUACUCCACACUCCCAAGUCUGAUGACUUCCCUUACCUCCACACACUCCCAGAGUCUGCGACUUCCAUUACCUCCACACACUCCCAGAGUUCUGGACUUCCUUAACUCCUCACUCCCAGUCUGAUGACUUCCUUACCUCCACAUAGUCCCAGAUCUGGCCGACUUCCUUACCUCCACACUCCCAUUUUCUGGGCCGACUUCCUUACCUCCACACUCCCAGAGUCUGUGGCCGACUUCCUUACCUUCCACCACUCCCAGAGUUCUGCCGCCCUUCCUUACCUCCACCCUCCCAGAGUCCUGAUGCCUUCCUUACCUCACAUCCCCGAGUCUGCUGACUCCUUUACCUCCACACACGCCGAGUCUGCUGACGUUCCUUACCUCCACACACUCCCAGAAGUCUGCGACUUCCUUACCUCCACACACUCCCAAGUCUGCUGA